AUGGCUAAGAACAAGGGAAAAGGUGGCAAGAAUCGCCGUCGUGGAAAGAACGAGUCUGAGGGCUUCAAGCGCGAGCUUGUUCUCAAGGAAGAGGGCCAAGAAUAUGCCCAAGUCACCAAGAUGCUUGGUAACGGCCGUGUCGAUGCCAGCUGUUUCGAUGGUAUCAAGCGUCUGGCACACAUCCGCGGUAAGAUGCGCAAGAAAGUCUGGAUUAACCAGGGUGAUAUCAUUUUGGUAUCUCUCCGUGAGUUCCAGGAUGAACAGUGUGAUGUCAUUGUCAAGUACACCCCAGACGAGGCCCGUGCCCUCAAGUCCCAAGGCGAGCUGCCUGAGACUGCCCGUAUCAACGAAGGUGAUCCUUAUGGCCAGGGCUCUGAUGACGAGUGCAACUUCGAGUUUGAUAACGAUGAUGAUUCCGACGAUGAUGAGGACGACAAGCUCGACAUUGAUGACAUUUAA